AUGGCUGACGCUGCCGAGACCAAACCCGACCCCGCCACCACCACUACUGCCACAGAGGAGACCACCACAGCACCUGCUGUCGAGAAGACUGGCGAUGAGGAAAAGCCGGUGACGGAGAAGGUCACUGAUACUGCUUUUGGAGCAGCCUCCAAGGCCACUGAUAACGUUUUCUCCAUGUUCGGCGGCGGUCCUAAGAAGGAAAAGAAGGAGGAAGAGGACGUGGACGAGCCAUCAGGAUCAUCCAAGGCGAAGAAGGCUGAAGCUGAGGAAGACGACACUGAAGAAUCUCCAGAUGUCCACUUCGAGCCUGUCAUCCAUUUGACCGAGAAAGUUGAAACAAAGACAAAUGAGGAGCUGGAGGAGCAGGUUUUCAAGAUGCGCGCCAAGCUGUUCAAGUUUGAUCGCGAGUCGCGCGAGUGGAAGGAACGUGGUACUGGUGACGUCCGACUCUUGAAGCACAAGGAGAACAAGAAGACUCGCCUGGUCAUGCGUCGCGACAAGACUCUUAAGGUCUGCGCCAAUCAUUACAUCGUCCCUGAUAUGAAAUUGUCUCCAAACGUGGGCAGUGACCGCAGUUGGGUGUGGAAUGCAGCUGCCGAUGUUAGCGAAGGAGAGCCCGAAGCUCAGACCCUGGCUAUCCGUUUCGCCAAUAGCGAAAACGCCAACCUUUUCAAGGAUGCGUUCAUCACUGCCCAGGAAGAGAAUGAGAAGCUGUUUGUCAAGCGGACAGUGAAGCUGGUGACGGAGCAAGAAGUCAUCCAGGGAAAAGACUCCGGCGUUGAAGGCUUCCCUCUCCGCUCAUGGUCCAUUCAGAUCUUCCUGGUGAACGAGCAUGGCGAGCAGGUGCCAGCAACCCUCUUCGACAAAGUCGUCUACCGACUACAUCCCAGUUUCGGCGACCGAGCGAUUCAAACUCUCAAAAACCCGCCGUUCCGUAUCCAAGAAGAAGGAUGGGGUGAGUUCGAUAUGACAAUUGGUUUGUUUGCGGAUAAGGAGCAUCCGAUUACACAUGAUCUCCACUUUCAGCAGAACCGGUAUGAGUCGAAACAUGUUAUCACCUUCAAACAUCCCAAGCCAGCUCUUCUGGAAAAGUUGCGGGAAUCCGGUCCAGUUCCUGGUGAUGAGAACGGGACAAAGGCAAAACGCGGUGCAACAGGGGAAGAAAGCGCCAAGAAGAAGAAGAAAACUGAUAAGAGUGUCGACAUGGACAAACUAGCCGACGGACUCCAGAAGCUCAACGAAGAUGAUCUUCUGCAGGUAGUCCAAAUGGUGCACGAUAACAAAUCCGCCGAUUCAUAUACUGUGAACGACGUUGAGCAGGGCGAAUUCCAUGUCGACCUCUACACCCUCCCGGAUUCUCUUCUCAAGAUGCUAUGGGACUUUGUGCAGCAGCGAGGCGUCGUAUAA